CGGGGCGCGCCCGGCCCCACACCGCCACCCACGGCCCCGCGCUUUUCUCUCCCUCGGCUUGCAAAAAGUUCGCCGCUCUACUGAUUUUUUGGCUUGGAGGAGUUGGGAAAGAGAAAGAGAACGUUAAAAACUUUUGCAAACUUUUCCAGCUUCUUCCCUCCUCUCGCAGCCGGGCUGCGCUCUGGUGGAGACUCCGUCUCUCCCCGUUUUACUUUCUGUUUUUAACCCUUCCCCGCCCCUCAGCCGCACGGUUAUUCUUUUCUUUCCAUUUUUUUCCUCCCCUGAUCCCCCUUCUGCCGCUUUCUCGCAUGAAUCUCCUAGACCCCUUCAUGAAAAUGACAGAAGAACAGGACAAAUGCAUCUCCGACGCCCCCAGCCCCACCAUGUCGGAUGACUCCGCCGGGUCUCCCUGCCCCUCCGGAUCCGGCUCGGACACGGAGAACACCCGACCCCAAGAGAACACCUUUCCCAAAGGCGACCCGGACCUGAAGAAGGAGAGCGACGAGGACAAAUUCCCCGUAUGCAUCCGCGAGGCUGUGAGCCAGGUGCUCAAGGGCUACGAUUGGACCCUGGUGCCCAUGCCCGUGCGAGUGAACGGAUCCAGCAAGAACAAACCCCACGUGAAGCGUCCCAUGAACGCAUUCAUGGUAUGGGCCCAGGCGGCUCGAAGGAAGCUGGCUGACCAGUACCCUCAUCUGCACAACGCCGAGCUCAGCAAGACGCUGGGCAAACUGUGGAGGCUGUUGAACGAGAGCGAGAAGCGUCCCUUUGUGGAGGAGGCCGAGCGGCUUCGGGUACAGCACAAGAAGGACCACCCUGACUACAAGUACCAACCACGCAGGAGGAAGUCAGUGAAGAACGGGCAGUCGGAGCAGGAGGAGGGCUCUGAGCAGACCCACAUCUCCCCCAAUGCCAUCUUCAAGGCGCUGCAGGCAGACUCCCCGCAGUCAUCCUCCAGCAUCAGCGAGGUGCACUCCCCCGGGGAGCACUCGGGGCAGUCACAGGGCCCCCCCACACCCCCCACCACCCCCAAGACGGACGCUCAGCAGCCAGGCAAGCAGGACCUGAAACGCGAGGGCCGCCCUUUGGCGGAAGGCGGCCGCCAACCUCCCCACAUCGAUUUUCGAGACGUGGACAUCGGCGAGCUCAGCAGCGAUGUCAUCUCUAACAUCGAAACCUUCGACGUCAAUGAGUUCGACCAAUACCUGCCCCCCAAUGGCCACCCGGGGGUCCCGGCCACCCACGGCCAAGUCACCACCUACAGCGGUACCUACGGCAUCAGCAGCUCGGCCGGCUCUCCGGCAGGCGCGGGGCACGCCUGGAUGGCCAAGCAGCAGCCGCAACCCCCGCAGCCCCCGGCGCAGCCCCCGGCGCAGCACGCACUGCCAGCACUGAGCGGUGAGCAGGGCCCGGCACAGCAGCGGCCGCACAUCAAAACAGAGCAGCUGAGCCCCAGCCACUACAGCGAGCAGCAGCAGCACUCCCCGCAGCAACAGCAGCAGCAGCAACAGCAGCAGCUGGGCUACGGCUCCUUCAACCUGCAGCACUACGGCUCCUCGUACCCCCCCAUCACCCGCUCGCAGUACGAUUACACCGAGCACCAGAACUCCGGCUCCUACUACAGCCACGCCGCCGGGCAGAGCGGAGGGCUCUACUCCACCUUCACCUACAUGAACCCCACGCAGCGCCCCAUGUACACCCCCAUCGCAGACACGUCGGGGGUGCCCUCCAUCCCGCAGACCCACAGCCCGCAGCACUGGGAACAGCCCGUCUACACGCAGCUCACCCGGCCUUAAAGCCACGUGAAGGCAAAUAAAUAAAUAAACAAACCAAUCAGAAAGGAAAGGAAAAGGAGAAAAAAAAAAGAAAGGAGAAAAAAAAAAAAAAAAAGAAGAAGUAGAGAGGAAAAAGAAUGAAAGGAGGCAGUGAAAGCAAAGGACUUCCAGCAGACUUUCCUUUCUUGCAGAUAGAAAUGAUGAUUGAAGAGAGGAAAAAAAAAAAUAAAGUUAAAAAAAAUAAAAUAAAACAUGCUCGAGUUCAAGCUGGGAAAUGCCCACAGCGCCCGGAGCUCAGUGCCAGCCCCAAAGGACCCAAUGUGUGGGCAUGGGCUGGAGGUGUCCUCUGUUUGCUGGACUUUGGUUACGAGUUGGGUUUCUUGAGGGGUUUUUUUGUUGGUUUUUUUUUUUAGCAGUAAUUAAAA